CCUCCUGAGAUUUGGGCAGUAACACUACAGUCAUGGAAAAAAGGAGGGCACAGAAGACAGGUGGAGAGGGAGAUAUAUCAAACAAGAAUAGACAGAAACAGAGUGAGAGUAAAUAAUGACAAAAUAUUAGAGAGAAUUGUUCAUAUUUUCUGGGGAGGUAACAGAGAUCAUAUCUGCAGAUAGCCUGGGUUUUGUCCCUUUGAUUUCUCUGCAAACCUCAUUCUGGCUUGCACACACUCCUCAGCUGAAAAAACAAUGCAUCAAAUCUGUCUCUCUCUACUAUCUGGCCUAUGCCUUUGUCUGGUUUUCUUGUGCAGUGCUGAAGAAGGUCUUGAGUUUCCCAAUUUUGAUGGUAAGGACAGAGUGCUGGACAUCAACGAGCGCAACUAUAAGAAGGCUCUGAAGAGAUAUGACCUGCUGUGUUUGUUCUACCAUGAACCUCUGUCAGCCAACAAGGGUGUGCAGAAACAGUUCCAGAUGACAGAGCUGGUGCUGGAGCUCACGGCUCAGGUCCUGGAGUACAAAGACAUUGGUUUUGGGAUGGUGGACUCCCAGAAGGAUGCCAAAGUAGCCAGAAAACUGGGUCUGGGGGAGGUGGGCAGCUUGUACAUUUUCAAGGACGACCGUGUCAUUGAAUUUGAUGGGGAGCUCUCAGCAGACACUCUGGUAGAAUUCCUGUUGGAUGUACUGGAGGACCCAGUGGAAAUGAUCAGUAACGCCAUGGAACUGCGAGCCUUCGAGAGGAUGGAGGAAGACAUUCGUCUCAUCGGCUACUUCAAGGGAGAAGAUUCAUACUACAAAGCUUUUCAAGAGGCCUCGGAGCGUUUUCAACCUUACGUCAGGUUUUUUGCUACAUUUGAUAAAUCUGUAGCCAAACAUCUCUCCCUGAAAAUGAACGAGGUGAAUUUCUAUGAGCCCUUCAUGGAGGAGCCGGCGAUCCUGCCUGGCAGACCUUUGUCAGAAAUGGACAUUGUCGAGUUUGUCAACCAACACAGAAGGGCAACGUUAAGGAAGCUGCGGGCAGAAAAUAUGUUUGAGACGUGGGAAGAUGACAUGGAUGGCAUACAUAUUGUUGCAUUUGCUGAGGAAGAAGAUCCAGAUGGCUACGAGUUCCUAGAGAUCCUCAAAGAUGUAGCCAGAGACAACACCAACAACCCAGAGCUCAGCAUCGUCUGGAUUGAUCCUGAUGACUUUCCUCUGCUGACCACAUACUGGGAAAAAACCUUCAAGUUGGACCUGUUUAGACCUCAGAUUGGUGUGGUCAAUGUCACAGAUGCAGCCAGUGUGUGGCUCGACAUGUCCAAUGAUGAGGAUCUGCCCACUGCGGAGGAGUUGGAGGACUGGAUCGAGGACGUCCUCUCAGGGAGGGUGAACACGGAGGAUGAUCUAAAGUCUGCAGACAAUCAGGAUGUCACAGGGGACAGUGACAAAAGUCAUGACUCUGAUGACUCUGAUGAUGAUGAUGAUGAUUACUAAGCUUGUUGAGGGUUGGUGUCCUAGCCUUUCAGAUAUGGGUAGCAACACUAAACCACCUAUGGCACAAUAGAAACAUAUAAUUGAGUAAUUCAAGUGUUUCAAGCAGGGGAACUAAUAAAUAAUUGUAGCAUCUCCCAAAAAUCUAAAAUUCUAAACAAUGUAUUAUUUAAAUAGGUAGGCAGAUAAAACAAACUAAUUAAAGGACAUCAAGGGAACAUUCAUGGCAGGGUUCAUAAAACUAGAACAGUGCCCAAAGCAGUAAUACUCCUUAACUUACCAAGGACCAAGAUAUGGGUUAACAUUUCUGCAUUACAUACAGUAGGCAUGUAAUUGACAUUAUUAUCACACUGACACACGGUCACCUAAGUGGCUACGGCUAGCAUGUUAGCAAACAGUUGCCUAUGUAUAUACACUGCACAGAUUUGGACAAAGAUGAGCAUUUACUUGAAGUGCUCAUGAAUGAAGUCCAUUAUUCUCACCUCUUUUUAGCUCUGUUUUAUUCUCCAUCUGCUACCAAGAUAAAUAUUUGGCUCUUCAGUUGCUAAAUGCUCCACUAGGCUCAUCAGCUAGUUGCUAACUUUGUCCAUUAAUUGCUUGGUGCCAGGCAGGCAGUGUACACCGUGUUUAUAGCCUUUUCCCCUUUCACAGCAGCUGCCUGCUCUGCCUGAAAAUACUUAGUGUUGAAGAUACUUAAAACAUCAAAAUAUUAAACCAUAUUAAUAAGCAGUGCCACCCUAUUUAUAUUGCACAAUAACAUAGUCAACGUUUUAAGAUAAAAAUAUUGGUUAUAGCAGCUUUAAGGUUGAUACAAAUGAUUAGGUUUUUAUGAGGGAUUCUACUGGUGAGUGUGUCUAUGUUUAAAUAAUUGUUUUUGUUCUAAGCAGAAUAUGGCUUAAAUUGCUUUGUUAUUAAUUUGCUGCAAAAAACCCCAACAACAAAUAGUUCUGUUGAUGAAAUUGUAAGAGUCUAAUAUAAACCUGCAUUUAAAAAACAACUCAAAAAGUACUUUGUUGAAUGCAGACCUGACAAGUGAAAAGUUUCAGGGUGAAAUAGUUAAUAAAAGU